AUGGCGGCUGCCGCAGCCCUACCAAUCCAGAACGCCGCCAACGCCGAACAGGCCCGAGCAGAAGAAGUCCUCCGUGAUGCCGAAGAGGCACUGCCAGUCCUCUUCCCCGUCCAAGCGCCCCGUGACGUUCUUGCAGGCUUCUGGAGUGGAGUGAAGUGUGUUCUGGGCGGCCUCCUUGUGGGGCUCGCCGGGCUCAUCGCCCAGCCAAUCGAGGGCGCUCGAGAAGAUGGCAUUCUUGGCUGUUUUCGUGGCGUAGGCGUAGGUGUCUUGGCUGGCGGCUUCUUCGCAAUCACAGGUCUUUGCACAGGGGUUUUUCAAACACUGCGCGGAGUGGCAGCCACCCCCCGUGCCAUCUGCAUGGCGAGUCGCGGUUGGCACUGGGAUGCGCAGACCGGCACCUGGGCCGAGCCCAAGGCUUACUCGCUCCUGGAGGAGGCCGCCGAGGUACUCAAUGGAGAGGAGCCCGAGACAAACGAAGGCAACGGAGUGCCCACUUGGAAAGAAGAGCCGCAGCGGAUCAAGCGGCUCACAGAAGAGGGCGAGCAUGACCGCAAUUCCUGGGACCCAGAGCUAGAAGGCCUUAUUUACUCGUCAAAGGGGAUAGACUUCAUUCUGGAGACUUUGCGCCAACCAAUGGAGCAGAAGCAGAUCUUUCAGAAACGCAAGUUUUUAUCCGACUUCGAGGGCAUCCAACGGCAACCAGGUGAAGGGCUCAAAGCAUUCAGCAACCGAUACCGCCGCAUCGAGCGGAACCUCAAGGCAAUCAGCGUCGAGGUAGCCCUGAUGUAUGAUGGAGAGGCUCGUGGCAACCGACUGCUGGAGCCGGCCCGCUUGCCAUGGCAGGAUCAACGUCUGAUUCUGGUGGGGUGUCGCUACUCCCUUGCCUUCGAGGACGUGGCCGAGAGUAUGGCAAUGCAGUUCCCGGGCGGCAGGGCACAUGGCAAACCCGGCGGCUUCGUCAAGAAGGUCUACGUGACUGAGGCCGGCGACGGCAACGACGCUCCAGACCAGGACGACAAAGGCGAUGACCAGAACGACGACCAUGAGGACCAGCGCUGCGAAGAAAUUGGCCACCAUGAAAAUGGGAAGGAAAUUCAGCGGAGCGGCCAAGAAGGAUCCCGCCACGUUGAAGCGGGAGACGAAUUGCAUCGCUUGCGGCGAACGUGGUCACUGGAAAGGAGAUCCCGAGUCUCGGGUCUCCGGCAAGGGUUCCAGGACGGCAACGGCAAAGGCCCGGGCAAGAAAGCUGCGCAUCAGACUUACGUAGUACGUCACUCCGAGCACGGCGCCCUCGAGAUCACCGAUGACCAGACCUACGGCACCAUGUUCUCCGACCUGCUUGUGUACAGAGCCCCUUGCACAGACGCUUUUCAGUUCGGCAGUGGUGGCCCCGGAAGAGCCAAGCACCGCUUGUACAUGCCGGCUGGCGUAGGCGAAGCCGAUCUCGUGAUUGGAGCAAGCGUCCUAGAGGCAAACAUUCCCCUGCUCGCGUCCAAUCAGCUGCUUGAUGAGCUCGGCAUGGUGCUUGACAUGCCUAGGUCCUCUGCCACGUUCACCAAGCUAGGAGUGACAGUGCCUGUGCUUCGCGAGAACGGACAUCUGACUAUAUCAGUGGUCGAGUUUAGCAAGCACGUUCCCUCUGACAGCAGUAGGUGGAAGCAGCUUCAAGAUGCAGUUGAUUGGGACAAUCCUCCUCCCGAGCUCGUGUUUCUGGCCCAAGCCGUGAUUCACACAUCGUCCUCUCCGACCCCAGCACCUCAUGCAGGCGACUCCCCCGGCAUGGCGUUGCGGAUGGCGACGCCUGGUGCGCAGCCUUCAGCUUCUCAAGCGCAACGUGAUCAUCCAGUGAACCUCGGCAUCCUGACUCCCGAGAUCUACCUCGACGUGCCGCCGGAGCUCGACACGACCUACGCGCGAGUGCCUGAAGAGGUGGAAGUGGAACGCCCACGAAGGUCUACGGGUCGAACACCUGGACAAGUUCGGGGCAUCGCUGCUCAACUCGUCGCCCUUGCCGUCCUCAUCCAAGACUGUGCCGGCCCAAGCAGUGCCUUCACGCGCAGCGGAACCAUCGACCCGGCGAUCUUCCAAGCCCAGGGCACAACGGCCAAGGCGUCACCGGUGACACCAACGAGGAAUUCGACAACUCCGGCACGCGUGGAAAUUGGGCUCGCUCGGCAGGCUUGCUGGGCUGCGAGCGGGCAAUCUAUGACAGUCUUCUGUCAACCUCCAGCAGACCACCACCUGCCGUUGACAUCAUGGAGUUGUUUGCCGGUGAGGCUGGCAUCACUGCAAAAGCGUCCCGGUACGGGCUCAGCGCCUCGGAACCCGUGGCACUCACGACUCUGGGAGAUGGACGAGUUUCGCGACCUCGGCGAGUUCCCCGGCGUUGUCGAGUGCAUCGUUGACUCAGGAGAUGGUGGUGAUGGAACUCAACCAGCUUUGGAUCCAUCCAUCGUGUUAGGGCAACUUGCGACAGCAGUGGCUCAGCUUGCGCAGUCUGCUCAGAUGCAGGCUAGACCUUCUAGCUGGACUGAGUCUAAGUACGUGAAGGCCCCUGAAGUUUUUGCCCCAAAGAAUGCUGACAAAGAGCUGGCACUUUGGUCGGAGUGGAGUUUUGCGUUCAAACAGUGGGUUUACAUCCAAGACGAGGGUUUUAGACUUGAUUUUGAGAAGGCAGAGAGUGCGGAUAGCUUCAUGGCCUUUGAAGACUAUGAAGCUUCAACCAAGACUCGAAGCAUCCGUCUGUGUGCAAUUCUUGCGACGUACCUCAAGGGGCGUCCCCUUCGCAUCCUGCGUUCGAUCAAGAAUGGUCAAGCUCUUGUAAAGUUUCCUCCUUUCAAAGAGGGAGGUUCACUCCUGGACUAUACUUUGGCCUUUGAGCGCCUGGUGGGCGAGUAUGACAAGGUGUCCCCUCAUCCCUAUGACGACAACCUCAAGAUAAGCACCCUCAUGGCCGGCUUGCCCAAUGACGUGAAGAAGUAUCUGCAGCUGAACCUUGAUGAUAGCGUAAACUACGAACGUCUUCGCAACCGUUUGCUGCAGUAUGAGCGUACUACAGCCAUGUGGUCGUCGGAGCACUUGUUGCGCUCGGUAGGGAUUGACAAGGAUUCUGGCAAGUUUUUGGAUGUUGACGGUGGCGUGCCUAUGGACGUGGAUCGUGUUGAGCAGAAGGGUAAAGGGAAAGGGGGCAAGGAGAAAGGGGCUGGCAAAGGAAAAGGAAAGGGUGGAAAAGAUAAAGGUGGAAAGGGGAAGCAGAAAGAUGGCUACGGGAAGUCUGGGUGGAAUCAACAAGGGAAUGGCAAGGGAUGGGGCAACUGGGGUGGCCAAGGCGGUUGGAAUGACAAAAGAAAAGGGAAGGGUCAUGGCGGCAAAGGGAAGGGCAAAGGUAAGGAGAAGGGCAAGAGGCAAGUUGGUCCAUGCUUUACUUGUGGUCGCAUGGGACAUGUGGCCGCUGAUUGCAGAAGCAGAGUGAAUCAAGUUGCAGAUGAUGCCUCUUCGGUUACGACUCAGACCCCUUCCUCAGCUGCAUCUUCCUCAAGUAGUACCCGUACCCCAUCUUUGCCCGCUACGCAUUCCACCAACAUUCGACGUCUCGAAGUUUGGCAUGAGCAUGAAGAACCCCAAGAGCUCCAGAUCUACACGCCUCCUGACACCCCUAUGUGUACUUUCUAUGACCUCGCUUCGCAGGACGAUGAUGAUGACCGAGACUCUGGGAAGAUCUUUGAGGUUCGAGUGGUGACAUGUGAGGAAAUUUCAGCCGCAGAGCUAGCAUCUACUAGCACAUUGCUAUUCGACAUGGCCAGUAGUGACUCUGAUGGAGAACUUGAGUGUCCUGGGCAUGUUCGUGCUGUGAACGAGAGUGGCGAGCGUGAGUAUGAGCAAGUCAUCCUGGACUCCGGCGCUGAUGUGACUGUAGUUCCCAUGACCCACGGUAAUGUUGGCCAUGCUUCAGUGAACAAUCAAAGCCUGUGCGAUGCCCAAGGUAAUAGGAUCCCGAUGGCGGGACAGCGGCAGGAUGUGGUGUUUGAAGUUGUGGGCACCAAUGGCCAGCGACUUUUCUUCAAAGAUACGGUCGUGGUAGCACAGGUGAAGCAACCUCUCAUGUGCAUGGGUAAGCUUAUGCGUGACAGUUGGCUGCCACGGCAAGUUGACGGUGAAUGGGUUCUGCAGAAGGGCGACCAAGUAGAAAUUCCCUUGCAGCUAACAUGCGUAUCUUCCGUCUUGAAGAGCGGUCCAGAGAGAGAGAGCUUUGUGUGCGCAUUGUCGUUGAGCUUUCUGAGCAACUGGAAGCUGCAACUGGUGAACAAGAUUGUGACAUUCCUCAGUUUGGAGCCAGUAGAUCCCGAGACCAUUGGCAAAGUGGUUGUGCCCAAUCCAUUUCAAGUGAAUGAGCGUGCCGCUCCCAUGGAGGUGGAGCCUGAAAGAGCGGAUGAGACUGGUCCUGGAGGGCCUGCGGAAGUUGGACCACCCCCAGUGGAGGAGCAGCAUCCGGUUGCUGUCCAGGGACAAGCCACUCUGGUCAUAAAUGGGGUUGAGCUCACAGCAGAAUCCACUCUGAGACUGCUUCGUAAUGCUUGCAGGUUCCUCCGAGUGAGCCCUCAUGGAAGCAAAGCCGUGUUGCGGGGUCGACUUCAAUCAGAGAUUGCUGACAACCAAAUCAAAGCAUCAGGGCAAGCUUCAGAAGCAGUGCUUGAAGCCUAUCGGAGAGAGCCCCAUGUUGAGAAGACUCAUGAGCAGCCAGAUGCAGAGACCAUUGCAACGCACGAAGUGACCCAUUGUCCUAGAAUGCCCUGGUGUAGUGCGUGCACGGCUAUGCGGAGUAAAGAGGACAACCAUGUUUCCAGUGCGCCUAAGGAAGGUGGCGUCAUCCAUUUGGAUUUCAUGUUUACCAAGACCGAGAUUCCUGGUGAAGCUGAAGAUCCACUGGCUUGCCACAUGGUUGUUGUAGAUGAGCAGACCAAUUUCACCUCUUGCAUUCCUGUAGAGGGCAAGGCUACUGAGCACCUCAAGUCCGCUGUUGAUGAAGUUGUCAAGUUGGCUGCAGCUUUAGGACACAAUCAUUUGACAAUCCGUGGGGAUAGCGAACCCUCUAUCAAAUCUUUCUUGCAGGCAGUCAGUGCAGCCCGUACCAGACUUGGAGUUGCCACCAAGGUUGAGUUAGCUCCUCCUGAUUCAAAAUUGCACCAUGGGUUGAAAGCAGAGAGAUUUAUUGGCAUUGUCCGUGAUUUGGGCAACACAUUGCUGGCGACCAUAAAGGAACACACGGGGUUUUCCGUACGUAGUGGACAUCCCGUCUUUCAAUGGGCCUUUCGACACAGCGCUUUCCUGUACACACGAUUUCAUGUGCAACAAAGUGGUCAGACUGCGUUUGAGUUGGUUCAUGGAAGAUCCUACACUGGGAAGCUUUGCCUCUUUGGGGGUGCUGUGUUUGCUCAGUUGUUGCCUGUGACCCCUGCAAAAGGAAAUGGUUGGACAAAAGGGAUCUUCCUGGGAAAAUCCACGCUGGGAAACUUGAACAUCAUUGGCACCAACACUGGGGUACACUAUGCCAGAACCAUGCGUAGAGGCUCAUUGAGCUUUGAAACCGAGUUGAUUGCGUCCACCCGUGGAGUUCCCUGGAACGCUACCUUGGAUGUGAUCCCCGUGAAGAGGAAGAGGGCCCCCAAAUUCCGAGCCCCAAUUCUGGUCGAACCUGAGGAACCAAAGAAAGACGAGGUGGAGAAGAAGGAUCCUGGUCCGGAUGAGGCUGGGAGCGACCCAUCAAGUUCAAUGUCCUUGCCGGGAGAGUCUGUGGCAGGGUACAGUCCCUCUCCAAUGUCAGGAGCUAGUUCAGCAGAGAUGGUUCCAGAUGCAGAGAUGGUGCAGUCGCAGGGUGUCAAUCAGUUGAUUUCUCCUGCGGAUGAAGUCCAAGACAUGUUUGCCAGAAUUGUGCAGGUAGAGCAUGUGACUGGUCAUGAGCAGGAAAUCAUCCCAACAGUUGAGCUUGAUUUGAGUGAGCUUGAGUGUGGAGAUUGCGGUGUCGAAAUGGAUGGACCCCCGGAAUUGUCCCAGGAAGAGUUGGCAAGGCUGGAUGUGGCUAUGGAUCGCGUCGAAGAUCAACGGCUACUUCAAAUGGGACUUUGUGUCAGUGGAGAGAACCUUGUGCUUUACAGUGUGGACGUGUCGGAUGCGUAUCUGAUGGUUCCCCAGGAGCAGCCAACCUUCAUUGUGACGAACGAUGGUGAGGCCAUGGAGUUGCUGUUUAACUUGCCAGGGCAGCGAUGUGGAGCAAAGGGUUGGUACAUGCACCUCAAGGGCAUCAUGGUCGCACACAACAGUCAUGUAGAUGACCUUCAAAUUGUUGGAGGUGAGAAGAGAGGCGAGGACUUGCUGAAUGACAUGAAGAAGUCUGGUCUUAAGAUCCAGAUCGAAGGACCGGUCACCAUUGAUGGAGGUCAGUGCCGUUUUCUCAAGCGGUUGUUUCAAGGUGAUGGCACAGGGAUUGUAGUGAUUCCAGAACAGAAGUAUGUAGAGAAGUUGUGCUCACUUCUUGGCCUUCAGAAAGCGUCCCCAAAACCUACUCCACUUCCUUCCUCUUUGAUGCGUCCGAGUGAUGAUCCAGAACUCGGUGGAGCAGAGUAUGAUACGUAUCGUAGUGCUCUAGGGCUACUCCUGUACAUGAGCUCUGACUACCCAGAGUUGCACUUCGGAGUUCGAAUGUUGGGAUCCCGUUGCUCAGCACCCACGGCAUAUGACAUGCAGUUGAUGAGACAUAUGGCCAAGUACCUGAAGGGCAGAGAGAAUUUCGUGUUGAAGUUGUCAAAGACCAUCCCAGGCACAAGCUUUGAAGAGCGACUUCGCAAUUUUGGAGAGGUCGAUGUUGAGCUGAACGUGGGAAGAGAGGCGAGCUUUGGUAAAGGCCAUCUUCUAGAGUGCAUUACAGACGCUGAUUGGGCCUCUUCCUAUUUCUCGAGGAAGAGCGGGUCAUCUUAUAGCCUGUACCUGAAUGGCAACUGCUUUUAUGUGAGCACCAAAUUGCAGCAGUCUUUGUCCCUCUCUUCAUGUGAAGCUGAGUACAUGGCAUCUCUCCAAGGGUGCUGCGAUGGCUUAUUUGUGAAGGAGCUGCUGGAAGAGAUCACGGGCAGCCCCAUCAAGUUGGUGCACAGGACAGACAACAGUGCAGCAAGGGUCAUCAUAGGGAAACAAGGUUCCGGUCGGCUCCGUCAUGUAGACCUUGCGUAUCUUUGGCUUCAGUCGGUGGCUUCAAAAGGGUUGGUCAUUGGAAAGCCGAUUGGGACAAAGCAUUGUCCGCCGGAUCUCGGCGCGAAAAAUCAUGGUAGAAAGCGACAACAAUUGCUGUUGGGCCUUCUGGGGUUUGUUUCGUUGGAUUCCGGACUCCUUGCAGGGCAAGAUCAAAUCCAUGAAAUGAUUGUUGUGAAUGGUUUCAAGAAAAGUUUUCCCAGCACCAACGCCUUGAGAGCAGUGAUCAGCAUGUUGAUGGUCCAACCUUCGAACGGGCUUUGCCUCGGAGACCGUAUCGAUGCGGAGAACGUGAUGGUUCCAUUCGUGUGGGUCAUGAUGGGCAUCUUCAUUUGCAUGGUGGUGCUGAUGGUGGCGGUGAUGGUGAUGAAAUCUCGCUUCGUGAAGUUUGGUAUCGUGGUUGGAUCCUUGGCGUGGGGGGUAACGCUAGCAACGGGCAUGGAACCAGAACCUGAACCAAGUGAACAUCGUGAUGAUGGCCGGGAUGUGUAUGAGUACCAACUCCCCAACAUAGAUGAGAGUCAAAGCCAUGAUCAGCUUCCUGUGGUGGGAAGCAGUAUCGAGCAUGUUGUUGAGGGAAGUGACCCAACGGCUGCGAGCUCUACCGGACCAGCAGCAGGAAGUUCCAGUGGGCCUCAGGGUCCACUAGUUUCAGAUGGUCGUUUGGGUGAUGAUGGUCUAGCCGGGGGUAAUGAUGAUGAGGAGUACGUCUUCAGAUUGGGUUGUGGAGAGCGUUACCAUCGGUUUGGUUGUGGAAUGACACAGAAAUUUUGGAAUGACAAGCCGUGGAAGGUUCGUCGAUUGAAGAGGUCUUUUGCUCAGACAGACCGCAAGAAGUCCCCAUCCACAGAUGUAAGUAGCGAGUUUGUUAAGUUGUUCGUGGUUGGUAGAAAGGGUGAACUUCAGUGGCUAAUCGCCGGGCCUUUCUACGUGGACGUGGACAGCGACGUGGGCAAGAACAUCGGCGACCUCCUCAGGAUGAACUUGGUUCGCAUCCAACGCGUGCAAACUCCUACACAGCGGCGUCUUCCUUUGGAUUUUCCUUUCACGGCCCGCAGCGCCUCCCUCCUCUACGCGGAUGGCUCACGUAGUGUGGAGCUGGAAGACCUUUCCAAGAUCCAGCAGCCCGAGCAGAAGUUUGCCAAGGCCGUGCGGUACGCGGUGUUUGCAUAUGGCGAGCGACGUCCUGAAGUACAACCUUCAAGCGUGGAGGCCUCCCCCACGGAUGUCACGUUUCCUGGACUGUCAGCUGACGUUCCUGCCGAAGUUCGCCGGACUAUCGCACGUGUGCACAUCAACCUUGGUCAUCCGACUGCUGAGGAGCUGGUGCGACUUGCGUGUCAUCAAGGUAAUCCCUCUAUACACACUUCAUCUCGGCCGUUCGCUGCGACCUGCGACCGUCUCAAAUCACCACAGGCACCACCACCGUCGGCUGCCCCUUCUACGGUGACUCAGUUUGGCGACCGGGUCGAGCUUGACAUUUUGUACGUGCGGAAGUUGGACGGCGAGAACGUGAUGGUGCUCGGCAUGGUGGAUGUCGCUACACGUUUCCAUCAAGCUGCCGUUCUUUCUGGCCGCGCCCCGAAAAUUGCCUGCGAGGCUUUUGAGCGAGUUUGGCUUCGUCCUUAUGGGCUUCCGACCGUGGUUGCGGCUGAUCCGGAUGGAUGCUUUCAAGGCGACUUCCAGCGCCGCUUGGGAAUCGCAUGGCACGCUGGUGGAGCAUUGUCCUCCUGCCCGCCCGGCAGGCGCUCUUCGGGAAAGCGCCGCGCCUGCCGGGCGGGCUCAUGCAUAGUCAAGACCGAUUCGGCGGCAACGGCGGAGAGGGUGCGUUCGGAGGCUGCGAAGGCGAUAGCAGAUCUGAACGUGCAACAGUCCAUCGCUAUCCUUCGAAUCCCAGAUUUGGAGCCAGGGAGUCCAUGCUGGAGAUGGAGACGGCGAAGACAGAAAAAGAGGGGUGGCUGGGUGACAGCCAAGUUCCUUUCUUGGGACCUCGGCCCCGACCAAACUGGCAUGGGCGAGGUCAGGAACAACUACAGCUUUGGUGGCGACCGAACAGACGCCAGCAAGGCCCUCACCGAAAGCCUUUGGGCGGUGAAGGAGCGUAGAGCACCGCGCUCUACGAAGAAGACGGCCUCCUACACCGGCUUCGUUUUGGACACACCCUCGGCGAGUUCUACGUGCAACCAGUUGUUCGAGGUACUGAAACGACGACGUGCUGGCCACGGACAAGCCUGCCCAGGAGGCCGACACUUCAGACUCCGACUGGGACAAUGCACCCCCGACGUCAAGUUCGCGGCAGGGAAUGUCUCGUAUGGAAGCCAAAGCUUUGGAUCGCAAGAUUCCAUGGCGCAAAAUCAUGGAAUUGCCAUCCCACCAGUUCCAGGCCUAGGCAGUGGAAAAGGGGCACUCCUCGUGGAUGGAGUGGUCAGGGCACUCACCCGCGAAGAGGCGAGCGCUGUCUUGAAGGACAAGAUCCUGGCCAAGCGCGUGCUGAGAACGCGCAGCUGCUUUCGAGACAAGGUAAAGGGGCUUGGCCCUCUUGGAGCCAAAUGCAGAGUCGUGGCGCUGGGGAGCAACCGCGAGUUUGCCAACUCUCAGAAGAAGUGGUUCGGCUGGACUGGACCCUAUGACGGAGUAACACGUUCCACGAGUUGUUGGACGGCACCCUUGUACCUGGUCCUCACCAACAUCUAUGGCCUUGCUAACGCUCCACGUCUUUGGGCAAUCACGGUGGCGCAGAGGUUGAAGAAGCUUGGAUACAGACAGCACGUUUUCGACCGGAUGGUUUUCCUCCUCUUCAACAAGCAAGAUGAGCGCAUCUCCAUCGUCUUGGUGUACGUUGACGAUUUCUUCGGCGUCUACCGUGAGGACUGUUCCAUCAAACCAGUUUGGCAGUCCUUCAAGUGGGGGUCUCUCAACACUGUUGAGCCCGACAAGGAGUUCACUGUCAAAGGGCUGAGUUCAUCGAUGGCCUUUCCGUCGACAAGAUUCCUAGAGGUGCCGAUGACGUUGUCCGACCUCAAGUCCCUGUACCAGGCCUUUGAGUUCGCCCGCGCGACCAAGAAUGACGACAUCAUUAUCGAGGAUGUUGCCCUGAACCGUGGCAGCGUCAUCGUGGCGUAUAGUGAUGCUUCUUGGGCCAACGCAGAGCAGUGCCGCUCGCAGCUUGGAGUCCUUGCCUUGCUUACCUCUCCAACCGUGCUUCAGAGAACCACGGCGGCAGCAGUGCUUGAUUGGCGAUCAGGGCGUUCGACCCGGGUGUGUCGCUCCACCUUAGCGGCGGAGGCGAGCGCUGCCGAUGAGGGCUACGACAGAGGGUGCUUCUUGAACAUGUUCAUCUCCGAGCUCCUGUAUAACAUUCCUGCACAUCGAGGCAUCCCGGUGAAGGUUGUUCAGCUUAUGGAGCAUGCAAAUGUUUGGAAAGUUGUUCUGCCAGACCAGAACGGCAUGAAUUUCCUUCACUUGGCCGACUCAUCCGCUGGAGCCGAUGAACUGGUGGCCUGCACUUUGGCAAGCGCUUUUGUUUUCGUCUUGCCCUUUCCUUUCGCCUGGGCUCAGCUGAUCCAUCGUGCGAACUUCCACCCGGCCACAGGGCUAAAAGCCAUGCUCGGGCGGCAGGGGCUAAGGGCGGCGGGUGGUGAGGUCGGAGCAUGCAUCGGCCACAACGUGUCCUGGCUUACAGGGCAGUGCCACCCUGACAAGACAGCCGAUGAAAAUGCCAAGGAACGCUUCCAGAGCAUCUCCGAAGCGUACCAAGUGCUGUCGGACAAGCGGUCAGGAAAGCUGCAACUAGGUUUUGCGAUGAACUCUGUGGCUAGCGGUGGCAGUAUGCCUGUGUUCAGGAUCACCGAGAUGCUGGGUCUCAUUCUCUCAGCCUGGGGGAAGAGCUGGGACUCCUUGGGUGGCAUCUAUGCCUUCCUCGACUGUGAGGGCCACGCAGCAUGGAACCACUUCCGCCAGCUGCGCCAAGCGCAGUUCCGAGAUGAUCGCCUUCACCUUCCCGAAGAAGAAACUUUUUGGGAUUUUGUGGAGGAGGCGGAGGCUGUAUUGGCACAGAACUUCAGACACGUGGACGUCCAGCGCUUUGCGCUUAGCCUCUCGGAGCCUGGGCAAACGGCGCGUCGCUUCGCAGACGACUGCGUCUAUGGAGCUGUGGCCGCUUUGCACGUCCGGGGCCUCGGAGAACACGCCAAAGGCCAUAUGGCAGCAGCGCUUGCAGACUGGACCUUGGCUUUGCAGCUCCUGGGCAAGGAGCUCGGCUUGGACUUCUUGGAGUCCACGUCCUGGAAGCUGCGCUCCGCGGAGAUUUUGCAGGACAUCCAGGCUGUCUCAGGUGCUGGAAGACGCUUUCGUGGUCUGAAAGCUCCCCGAAGAGGCUCUUCUUUCAAUUUGGAGGGCUUUCUUCUUCCGGGCACGGAUGUGCCUACACAAGUUGUUCUGCAGGAGUCGAAUUGCGAAGUUGUGGUCUACGGCUACCAUCCCGUCCUCAUCGAGCCCGUCUCUGCGCUUCUUCAGCUUGAGGAAUGGGCAAAGCGGAUUCGAUUAAACUGGUACGGCAUCAGCCGCCGCGACUGUGACUUCUUCAUGCUUUGCACCCCAGAAUCAUUCAGACACGCACGAAGUCCUGUCCGAGCCAGCCUUCGUUGGAAGGUUUAUAUGUCAACAGAUGAUGAGGAGGAGGUUGCCUUGGCCUACCGGGCCUUCUGGGCGGCCGAGGAUGUGAAGCCCGAUUUGAUUGUGGCGAUGGAGCUCCGAGAUGCUUACUUUUUGUGGCAAACCGCAAAAGCACCACACUCAAAAGAUCUUCAUCCUUCAAAUUCACACGCAAACACGGUGGUGGCCUGCCUCUACUACGCGGCUUUGAUCUUCUUCCAGGACGAAGCCUUCAGCGACUUCGCAGCCUCCGUCUACCUACGCCAGUUCCAGGAGUUUCAAGCGGCUCCUCACACUGCCAUGGUGGCUCAGUCCCCCUACAUCGCCGCCCAUUUGCAGUACCACGUCAAUUCCACGGUGCCUUUUGUCCCUCCACUGGCGCUCUAUGUUGAUGCUGCGUAUGCUCCGAACAGCACCAGGACCUCGCUCCUGGUCAUUUGUGCCAGGACACGGCUCCUGAUGUCUCAUGUGUGCCGUGGACUCUUUCGUGAAGGCAGGCAUCUGUUUCCUAGAGGACCUCGGCUCUUUGUGGCUUCUGGCGACCGGGACGUGGUGCAUGGCUUAAGCUUUCAGGAAGUUGGCAACUUCCAUGCCACAGUGCUCAUCCCUUGGAACAUCGCCGUCACCACUUUCGCGGAGCUCUACGCCCUUCACGUUCCCAUCUUCGUGCCCGAUCCACUUUGGCUCGCCCGUCUUUGGCCAAAGCAGAUGACGAGCUACAGCAAGUCUCACCCAGAUUUGCACCGACAGCUGCGAGCCAACCAGAAGCAUCCAACACCGUAUCCGUCUUUGGAUUUCCUGACACGCGAUUUCUGGAUCAUGCGUUACUGGUCGGAGCAGCAUGCGGGGAUCUAUGAGAAGCCGGGCGUGCGAGCCUUCAGCUCCAUCCCCGACCUGCUGGCUUUUUUCAACGGGAACUGCCAGAGAAUGCUUUUGCAUUCGUCCUCGGAGAUGAGCCGAGAGACGAAGCGGCUCGUGACAGAAAUCGUGCCUUUCUGGUCCCAGCUCGCCAGCACUUUGCUGAACCCUCUUACGACUCAAGAAGAAGGAAGAAGCGGUUCAAAAAGGGGCAAAGCUCCAAAGGCAGUAGUGCAGCCGAUGCUUGCAAAUGCAAAUGCAAAGACUUUCGCCAGGAGCUCUUCCAAGGCGGCCAGCUUCGAGGAAAGCUCCAAGCAGAGGGAGGUACGGCGCCAGGUGAAGCUGGCGCUCAACCUGGCCUCCCGGCUGGACGCUAAGGACGCCUCGCCCGUGAAGGAGGUUCAGGCUGAAGCACAAGGGAUUCUGGAGAGUGACCCUUCCUUGGCCCGGUUCCUGGCAGAGAUCGGAUGGGUCUACGAGAAUCGAGCCGAAGUGUACCUUGCAACUUCAACGUCCGCCUUGGGCUCCUGGAGCGUGGGUGCUUUGAGCUCCCGAGCGCAUGGCCAUGGCCGACAGGCUUCCCAACAAAUGCGAACCGCCAAGCUGGCAGCACACUCCUUUGUCAAGUUGCGCAGGAUCGUGAAGGAGGCAGAUGAGAAAGAGACUGAUGGCGCAGAUGGCGCAAGUGGUGAGGAGGAAUUGCCUGAGUCGCUGAGCAGCGCGCUGCCAACUUUCAUGGAGACUUUCUGGAGCAUGUCCUCACACGACAUUACCGGCACACUGGACAAGGUCAUUGAACGCGUGCUGAGUGAUGGCACCGUAACUGCAGCAGACAGAUGCAGACGCGCCCAAACACUCCGAGAGCUUGGUCAAAAGCUCCAGGAAGAGGCCGAGGCCGCGAGAGCCAAGGAGGCCCCGAUUUCAGGCGACGAGUGCCGACGCUUCGAGAAGGCCUUUGCAGCAUCGAUGGCCCGGGAUGCAUAG